GGAGCAGUCGGAUGCAUGGGCCCGUCUUCUGGAGAGCUGCACCCUGCGGGCCACCGUGCUCCCUGUCCGCUGGAGUGCGAGCAGCUCCGGGCUGGGCAGCAUCCUGGGCAUCCCUGCCGAGAAGCCGAGCGAUGCCCUGGGCCACACCCGCCGCCCGUUGCCACCAGCAAAGAGGAACAAGCCCGCCUGAUACGGGAUCAGCCUGACCAGCCCCAGAACCCCAAGGUUUUAAGAAUUGCCAUCAUUGGAGCGCCCAAUGCUGGGAAGUCCACACUGUCUAAUCAGCUCUUGGGCAGAAAGGUUUUCCCCGUUUCUAAGAAAGUGCACACAACCCGAUGCAAAGCCCGGGGUGUUGUCACGUACGAGGACACACAACUGAUCAUUCUGGACACACCUGGCCUCACUAGUCCCUUUAAAGCCAAAAGACAUAAAUUAGAUGAAGCCAUGCUGACAGACCCAUGGGACAGCAUGAAACAUGCGGAUUUAGUUCUUGUUAUGGUGGAUGUGUCGGAUCACUGGACGCGAAACUCUCUGAGCAAGGAGGUGCUGAAGUGUCUUUCUCAGUUUCCCCAAAUCCCCAGUGUCCUGGUUCUGAACAAGGUGGAUCUGCUAAAGAACAAGUUCAUCCUGCUGGAAUUAGUAACUGAACUAACAGAGGGAAUUGUAAAUGGAAAGAAACUGGAAGUGAGAUCUGCAUUUAAACAUAAUUCCAGUUCUUCAGCAAAGUCUCCUCUUCAAAUCACUCGGGCUUCUCCACUUGAGAAUAGGGACCCUGAGUCUCACUGUCUGCAGGAAACAGGUCAAGCCCAAGAAGGCUCUAGCUUGGACAACACCAGUGAUAUGAGGGCUUCUGAGUCCAGUCUUGUCACAGAAGAAGCAGAAGGGCCAAAGUGCUCUGGACCCAGAGAUCUAAAAAAUACAAAAGGCUGGCCGUGCUUCCAGGAGAUCUUCAUGCUGGCAGCUCGCCAUGGGGAGGAGGUGGAUACGCUCAAGCGGUACCUCCUGAUGCAAGCCAAGCCAGGCCCUUGGGAGUUUCACAGUGGGGUCUUGACUAGCCAGUCACCUCAAGAGAUCUGUGAUAAUAUCAUCAGGGAGAAGAUACUGGAGUACCUGCCACUGGAAGUGCCCUACGGCGUGGUUCAGGUGACAGAGAUGUGGGAGGAAGGACCAAGUGGGGAGCUCCUCGUCGUGCAGAACCUCUUGGUCCCAAGGAAGUCUCAUAUGAUGAUGUUGAUUGGAAGAGGAGGUAAGGUUAUCAGCAGGAUCGCUCAGGAGGCUGGCCAGGACCUGAUGAACGUUUUCCUGUGUGAUGUGCGCUUGAAGCUCAAGGUGGAUGUGAAGAGUUGAGCUCUUUGCCUAUGUUUUAACAGCCCUUGAGCUCUCUGGUCAUGUGGAGAAACUGGUCCUGCGGGUAUCCUGGCACUUUUGCUCAGUCCAGAAACAGAGGAUGAUGGAAUCAAUAUAGCGGGCUGAAGUAGAAUAUAUUAUUCUUUGGGGGAAUGGCCCAAACUGAAAUAAAAUCUUCAGGCCUUCUACGACACCUUAUCUUGUGGAAGCUGGGGACGGACAUCGGAGAACCAGCUGCACACGCACGAUUCUAGUACUGUGUUUACAGAGCUGUCAUCCACUACUUUUGGGCAAUGUCUCGCGUCCUUGCUGUCAGGUGUUUGUGCCUGGAAGUUCAGGAGCAUCUCCUGUCUUUUAGCGGACAAAGGGUUGCAGUGAAGGAUUAUCAGCACGCGUUUGCCAUCUCUUCUGAAGGCUGAAGGACUCCAGCAGUGCUCAUGCAGGAGGAAGAGGCUACUGCUGCCCGCGUGGUGGUCUUAUGUCAGCUUUCCUCCCUGCCCUGUUGAAGUUCAUGGGUGUGAGAGUAUGACCAUGUAGGGAGUCGGUAUUGCCCAGGCAGCCUGAGUGGAAGGCUUUGCUGGCUAGCAGAAACAUUCUGGUAUGACUGGGUGUGACAGAGAGAGCUCUCAAACUCUCUGUAGAUCCUCUAAAGGCCAGUGGUUUCCAACUCCUGUGUGGGAGCCCUUCCCACAGGCUUGCGUAUACCAUCCUCUUAGAUGACUGCCAGCUGCUGCUUUAAUUUUGACCUCUUCUGUGCGGUAGUUUGUAAAAAUGCUUGUUCCUCCUUUCCCUUGUCAUCCUUUCCUCCAACUUCCUAAGCAGUUUGCUGCUCCUGACAUGUGGUACUCGCUCCAGAGGGCUGGGCCUGGUCACAGACUCAUCUGAGUGGAUUCCCGGAGAAGUGAGAAAUGGAAUCGUGAUCCGUUCUCCGUGUGUAUACAAGCUGCUUCCCUGGCCACUGGUGAGAGGAGCAGGGAGGUCAGAGAAUGGCUCGCUGGGCUUGCGAGCAUUUGCUGGAGCAUAUUAAUCAGAAAGGGAAACGGAGCAGGGAAUAGGCGUCUUUCUGCCUCUGUACAUCUUGUUUCUGGUGCGCGCUGGGGUCCUGCCUGUCCACCCCUCUGGAAGAUUGGCUAGUGAAUGAACGUGGAGUGGUUUGGUCUGAAGGUGCUGCUAGCAGCAUCUUAUAGAUGCUCACUUCUUUAGAAUGGCUUGUCACGCAAAAUGAGAGUGGACCCCCUUUUCUUAGGAGUUUUAAUAGUUUAUUGCACCAAAGUUACUUCAAAGUCAUUACUCUUUGCACCAAGAUCGCAGAUACAAAUGUAGAGGCUGUCGCAGCUAAAGAAAAGCCCAAAACAGGAAGAGCAGUGGGUUCUGCAGCUCAGGUUUAACGGGAUGUUGGGGAUGGAGAGCAACUGGCACAGGUCAGGGUACGAGCAAGGCUUGGAGGCUGGAGGAGCAGGGCUGGGGCUCUGCGUGCCGCUCUGCGGAGCCCUUGGCAUGGAGCACGGUGGAGCCUGGCACCAAGUGUGCGUGCCUGGGGCUCUGCCCUCCCUGCCAGUCUGUACGUGGACCUGGUGUUUGGGGGCUUGAGUUUUGUCUUCACUGUGCUCAGGUGUUUGGAGCCCUGGGGAGCUUCCCGCUAGAAAUCCAGGUAAAUCAUCCCUGUGUGCUGUUAAUAAAUUAACAUCAGAGUGAGGAGACACGCAAUUAAGAUAUGUGGUGGGGUCUGCUGGGGACUCCCUGCUCCUGCCUGGAACCCAAACCUGUUGAGCAAACCCUGUGCCCACCAUCCUUCGGUGCAACAUCAAGGAGAUGCUUUACCGGCACCGGCAAAAGCCUGCGUCUGAGCCGCUGAAGGAUUCUGCCGUCAGGAACACGCGAUCAUCUGAAAGCUGGGUUGAGAAGCCUCCGGACUGGCCUGCCUUGUUUCCCCCGGAGCAGGGGACACCGUGGUCCCUUGAAUGCUGCUAUCCGACUUUUGUAUUU